UUCAUCCUUUUUUCUAACAAAAUAAAAGAAAAUUGAAUUAUAUAUACUUAUUUUUUUCCAUUUAUAUAUAUAUAAGGUCCAAAUUAUCUUAACAGUACCAUAAAAAUCGAGUAACUAGCUCAGCGCUUGCAAGAUUUGUUGUUGCCUAUCACUAUUGUGACGAGAAUCAUGCACAAAACUUUUUCGAUGCAUUCAACAAUUAAUGUCGACACAGUAAAGGCGAUUCAAAAAAUCAUGAGCUAUUUCAUUCAGCGUAUCACCAUAAAAGCUAAUGAAUACUGUCACAUGAAUAAAAGAAAGACUUUGACUGCUGAAGAUAUUCUUUGGGCUAUGAACAAUGUUGGUUUGAAUAACUAUGUGGAGUUUCUAACCGAUUACCUUCACAAGUAUCAUAGAGAGAAUUCUAUGCACUAUUUGAGGCCUGCUAUUGUUCCACCCAGUACACCAUCAUCUCUAAUUUUGCCCAUCAACAAUGUACCGAUGAUGAGUUAUGUGUACGCCCAAUUUUUACCAAAUGUGUUGCUUAAUGAUUCUGUUGCAGCUGUCAUGACAAAUGUCAGGAACGAAAACAUGGUGACGGAGAAUGAUGAAGAUCUCGAUAGUUCUGAGUCAUCUUCUUCUUGAAUUGCAACUAACUAUGGCUUGCCUAUGAACAAUCCAAUCCAGCUGGAAUAUGUUUUAUGUUUUAUGCUUUAUGGAUUGAACUUUAUUUGAAGUAUUGUAUGAACAAUUAGUUUCUUAUUUUCUUUUCAA